GAGCCGUGAUACUUUCACAAAGAUAACUACACCUGUGUGCUCCUUACAUCUUCUGCGAAAGCCGAUGCAGCCAUGCCCCAAACAACCUCAACAGUAUUUUUGUAAGCCCUUCUCUCUGCCUCAGUGUAAAUAAUAAUCAAGACCUGUAUAUGUGUAUUUGGAUAAAUAUUUUCAAUCUGAUGCAGCCAUGCUCUUCAAUACCUUGUUGGUAAUCAUCCUCUCCGUGUCAGGUGCUCUGAGCGAGGAGGGAUGGGGAGUGACUUACACCCCUGAGAGAAUCUGUGCCUUAAAGGAGUCUUCAAUAGGCAUGAACUGUACUUACUCAUAUCCCACAUCUCACACAGUGCAGAAAACAUUCUGGUUUAUUCACUGGAACAAGGCACAGGAGCCUGAGGACCUGUCCCAGGACCCAGAGUACUCUCACCGUGUGGAGUAUCUGGGGAAUAAGCACAGUGACUGCACUUUCAGAAUAAACCAACUGAGAAAAAAUGAUUCAAAAACAUACCGAUUCAGGUUCCUGACCGCCAGUGAUAAAUAUACUGGAGAUCCUGGUGUCACAUUGGAAGUUACUGAUCUACAGGUGAUGGUGAAUCCUGACACAGUGAAAGAGGGACAGAGUGUGAGACUGAACUGUAGCACCACCUGCACUCUGACUGGCAGCCCAGCCUUCAUCUGGUACAGGGAUGGAUCUCCUCUGCCCUUCACUGAUCAGAGUCACCAGUUCACAGCCAGGAAUGAAGAUGCAGGCAGAUACUCCUGUGCUGUGAAAGGCUAUGAGCUUCAUUCCCCUGCAGUGACUCUUAAUGUGAUAUGUGUUCUGAGCCAGAGUGGAUGGGGAGUGACGUACACCCCUGAGAGAAUCUGUGCCUUAAAGGGGUCUUCAGUAGACAUGAGCUGCACUUACUCAUAUCCUACAUCUCACACAGUGCAGAAAACAUUCUGGUUUAUUCACUGGAACAAGCCACAGGAGCAUGAGGACCUGUCCCAGACCCCAGAGUACUCUGACCGUGUGGAGUACCUGGGGAAUAAGAACAGUGACUGCACUUUUAGAAUAAAACACCUGAGAGAAACUGAUUCAAAAACAUACAAAUUCAGGUUCCUGACUGACUGUGAUCGUGGAAAAUAUACUGGAGAACCUGGGGUCACAUUGGCAAUCACUGAUCUACAGGUGAUGGUGAAUCCUAACUCAGUGACAGAGGGACAGAGUGUGAGACUGAACUGUAGCACCACCUGCACUCUGACUGGCAGCCCAGCCUUCAUCUGGUACAGGGACGGAUCUCCUCUGUCCUUCACUGAUCAGAGUCACCAGUUCACAGCCAGCAGUGAAGAUGCAGGCAGAUACUCUUGUGCUGUGAAAGGCUAUGAGCUUCAUUCCCCUGCAGUGGCUCUUAAUGUGAGAUAUCGUCCCAAGAGCACCUCAGUAGCAGUGAGCCCCUCUGGUGAAAUAGUGGAGGGCAGUUCAAUGACUCUGACCUGCAGCAGUGAUGCCAACCCACCUGUGCAGAACUACACCUGGGUUAAGAAGAAUGACACUGGAGUCUGGCAGGCAGGAUCUGGACAGAGUUUGAACUUUUCUAACUUUGGAUCCUGGAACAGAGGACAGUACUACUGUGAGGCACAGAACAGACUUGGAGCUCAAAAUGCUUCUGCUCUACUGGUCACAGUGCAAGGAGGUCAGUCACUGAUCGCGGCUGCAGCUGUGGGAGUGGCUGCCAUUUUGGCUCUUGUGUUUCUGGGUGUUGUGUGCCUGAGGUACGUGGUUGUAAAUGAGUCGGUUUGUAGUCACUCCAGUGUGAAUUACUGUAUGUCUGAUUUAGACUCAUAGUUUAAAACGAGUGCACAUUUUUGUGGAAUGUUUUUGUCAAGCAUUAGCUACGUUACAUGAUGCUGAUGCCAUA